ACCAUGAAGAGGUGCACAUCAUUCUACGAAGAAAACACUCCACGGGCAUCACUAGGCUGAAUUAUCAGAAGCAUAAUGAAGGACUUUUUUAUAAUAUUUGUAUGCAUCAUGCUGUAUGGUCUAUGGGACUCAGCCCAGGGUCGGAAGCUUCACUUGGGCAGUUGUAAAGUGAACAUUCACACCCACGAACUCAGGCACCACUUCCAGCACAUUCGUCAAGGCAUGAUUUCUGGAGAUGAUUACAAGGGAAUCAGAUUACUUAGAAAAGAUGUAAUGAACGGUGUACAGGCUACAGAAAGCUGCUGUUUCCUCAGGCAGCUCUUAGACUUUUACAUGGAUAAGGUCUUUAUCAGCUACACCAGCAGUCAUGCACUACAUCGCAGAACCACAAGCGUCCUGGCCAACUCCUUCCACAGUAUCACCAAGGACCUGAGAGUGUGUCAUGCUAAUGAACACUGUGAAUGCAGUGUAGAUGCCAGACUAAAAUUCACAGGCAUUCAAACCACAUAUGACAAGCUUGAUCAGGCAGCAGGAUCUGUGAAGGCUAUCGGAGAGCUGGAUUCGCUCUUUGAAUGGCUAGAAAGUUUCCAACCCCACUGAUGAUAGUCCAAGACCUUAAGUGAAGCUCAAUAUUUAUUAUAUUUCUAGAGGAUAAUCAGCUGCAUAGAUUCAAGAAGAAUCUUUACUACUGUACUUGAUUUUAAAAAUAUGGAAUUCCAUUCUGGAAAAGAUAUGACUUGGAAUAACGGAAUUACUUUUCAGUAUUUGUUUAUGGGCCAUGUUUCUAAGCAUAUUUUGCAUGAUGUAUAAAUGUCAUGCUGCAAAGUAGACCUUAGAGGUCAGUUUGUAAUCUACAUUUUGAACAUAUUUGUUUUUAUUGUAUUUAUGUAUUUAUAAGUGUGAUGUUUAAAAUAAAUAUAUAUUUAAACUGUUA